AUGGCUCUUUUUCCGGACAUUGGACACACAAACUUGGCGAUUUUUGCCCUGAUCGCCGUCAGUUUCUUAACGCUAGUGAAUACGAAUUUGCUCCAUAGACGCUUCGAGUACAAGUACUCUUUUAAACCACCGUACUUAGCGCAAAAAGACGGCUCGGUGCCGUUUUGGGAAUACGGCGGCAAUGCUAUUGCAAGCGCUGAAAAUGUUCGGAUAGCACCUUCAUUAAGAAGUCAGAAAGGCGCAAUAUGGACCAAGAAUCCUAUUAAUUUUGAUUACUGGGAUGUUGAUUUGUCCUUUAGGAUUACAGGAAGAGGAAGAAUAGGCGCCGAUGGCCUGGCCUUCUGGUAUACUCAAAACAAAGGUGCCUAUGAUGGCAAUGUGUUUGGUAGCUCAGAUAGGUGGAAUGGUUUGGGUAUCUUCUUUGAUUCAUUUGACAAUGAUAACAAACAUAAUAAUCCAUACAUUAUGGCUGUGGUUAAUGAUGGUACCAGAGAUUUUGAACAUCAAAACGAUGGACAAAAUCAAAUGCUCGCCGGAUGCCUUCGCGAUUUCCGCAACAAGCCCUUCCCGACACGCGCACGCAUUGAGUACUACAACAACGUCCUCACUCUGCUGUUCCACAACGGCAUGACCAACAAUGACCAAGACUACGAGAUGUGUUUCCGCGCCGAAAACGUAUUCCUCCCGAAGGGCGGUUAUUUCGGUGUGUCAGCCGCCACUGGCGGGCUUGCCGACGAUCACGACGUGCUACACAUCCUCACAUCCAGUUUACAUUCCCAGCAACAGCAGCAACAACAACAACCCAACGAGGAUCAAGCCAAACUCAGGCAGGAGUACGAAGAAUACCAAAAGAAAUUAGAGCAACAGAAAGCUGACUAUCGCAAGGAGCAUCCUAAUGAAGUGAAGGAACCUGAAGUGGACGACUGGUUUGAAUCGGACAAUCAACGUGAACUGCGUCAAAUCUUCUCUGGUCAAUCUCAAAUGUUUGAUGUUUUAAGAGAACUGCACAAGAAGAUGGACGAAGUUGUCGGCAGGCAAGAACGCACUCUAAGCUUAGUAUCACAAGGCGCUGGAGGACAAGUGCAGGUACCUGCUGCAGGUGGUCAACAGGGCACUGGUCAAGGACAAGUAUAUAUUGAUACCAUCCGAAGGGAUGAAGUCAACGCCGUGCUAAACAAUCAAAAUCAGAUUGUGGCUGCACAGCGCGAAAUGCGGCAGUUUAUCUUGGAGGUGAAGCAGCGCGCUGAUCAGAUUAUCAAUAAUCAGGCGAAAGCGCCCACAGCACAAGUUCAAGCAGUCGGGUAUGACACGCAAUCGAUUAUUUCGGAAAUGCGUGAUGGACUGAAUCACGUCAAGCAGCAUUCGCAAUUAGUGUUGCAACGACUGAACGAGAAGCCAGAUUGUCCGUCUGGGGGUGGUGGCGUGUCGGUUACGGUAUUUCUUGUUACUAUUGUUAUACACUUGGUAAUAGUCUUGGGGUACAAUAUCUACAGGGAUAACAAAGACAGUCAAGCGAAAAAAUUCUACUAGACUCAUCAAUUUUAUAAAAAAAAUUGCGCCGCCACUAAAAAUUGGAACUUGAAGGAGUUAUACUUAAUUUGUCUGAAUGGUUAGUGCAGUAAAUAUGGAUUGUGAGUAUGAUGUCAAUAGUCAUAGGUAAAAUGAGGAUGAUUUGGAUUCUACAACUUGGUUACUGAUGUAUUCAGUUAGUCAUCUUGGUUCACUAGACAGCUAGAUUUAUUUAAAAGCAGUAUUUAAGUCUGUCAACAUUGAGCGAUUACGGGAUCCAAUCUUUCCUACUAACAGAAAUGUGAAGAUUUUGCGCGUCUUCCACAAAUUCGUCAAACAACAAAUGCGUCGAGUGUCAGGUAUCAUCUUCGUCGUCGUCGUCUUUAUAGGUCGUACUUGAAAAGUACCGUCUUUUUGUUAUUUUUUGUGUAUAAAAAUAUAUGAGGAGAAAAUAUUAUGGAAAA